UGUAAAUAAAUUCAGAUGUUGAUUUCUAAACUCACCUCUCAGUUUGCUGAUGGGUCGGGUGGAAUGUUUUUUGAUCCCAGCAAUAUUCCACAUUUUUCUUCUCCAUACAACCUAAUCCUGCAGUCAGUUCAAGGACAUGUGGCAUUGAGGCGGUGAGAAGCUGACCAUGGGUGACUGGAACCUGCUGGGCAGCAUCCUAGAAGAGGUUCACAUUCAUUCAACCAUCGUGGGAAAGAUCUGGCUCACCAUACUCUUCAUCUUCCGCAUGCUAAUCCUGGGUGCAGCUGCUGAGGAUGUAUGGGAUGAUGAGCAGUCCGAGUUUGUCUGCAACACAGACCAGCCAGGCUGUAAGACGGUCUGUUACGACCGCGCCUUCCCCAUCUCCCUUAUUCGCUUCUGGGUCUUGCAGGUCAUCUUUGUGUCUGCACCCUCACUAGUCUACAUGGGCCAUGCCCUCUACUGCAUCAGAACGCUGGAGAAGGAGCGGCACCGCAGACGGUUUCAGCUGAAAGAGGAGAUGGACGAGGCUGAGCUAGAAGAACAUAAGCGCAUAGAGAAGGAGCUUAAGAGGUUGGACGAGCAAAAGAGGGUGAAGAAGGCUCCUCUCAGAGGCUCUCUGUUGAGAACCUACAUCAUCCAUAUCUUGACACGCUCUAUGGUGGAGGUGUGCUUCAUCCUGGGCCAGUAUGUACUCUAUGGUGUCCAAUUAGAGCCACUCUAUAAGUGUGACAGGCUGCCUUGCCCCAACAGUGUAGACUGUUACAUCUCCAGGCCCACAGAGAAGACCAUCUUCAUGGUCUUCAUGAUCGCCAUUGCCGGUGUGUCACUUUUCCUGAACAUUCUGGAAAUAUCCCACCUGGGCAUCAGGAAAAUCAAACAGACACUCUAUGGAGAGAGGUACACAGAAGAUGACAGUUUGAUUUACAAGUCCAGGAAGAAGGCAUCCUUACAACAUCUUUGUGUAAUGAGCAAUGUAUCACCUCACAAUGGGCCUUUGACUCAGACCUUCAAAGUGAUUCCAGAGGUGGACACAAAGCCUCCACAUUACAACACCGGGCUCAAAGCCCACCAGGACGCACCAAGACACAACAGCUUGGUUCAUCUGGGAUACAGUCAGACCAGCUAUAUCUGCCCCCAGCCGAGGAUGCCACCCAGGCCUGGCCAGAACUGUGCAAUCCAAGCUCCUCAAACCCAUGAAGCCGUGGUGGACCACCAUCCAGCCUGGGAUUCUGCUGUGUCCACUGUAGAGGUUAGCACAACAAACCAUCAUGAGGGUGAACAUUCUCACCCCAGCCAUUUGGAAGCUCUGCUGUCCACCAGUACCUUAAGGCCCAGUGCUAUCAGAGACAUGGAUGAGGAUGAGCGGAGGGAGUCAGUAGUGAGUGAGGUCUUACUCCCCAACCCCAGAAAGACCAGCUUCAUGAUCAGACCACCAUCUGAGAGCUUGUCCUCCAUCAGUGGCUCCACAAGCCCUUCCUUACAUACCUCAGAAGAGUCAGAUGAACUGGGCUCCCUGGGGGGCGACAUGCCCAUGAUGCCACCUGCAGGAGGCCGAAGAAUGUCAAUGAGCAUGUUUUUGGAUAUCUCCUCUAUCAUGAAGAAGUGAAGCGACGAGGCUAACAUCAUGGCCGUAGGAGCUGUGAUCCAGAGGCCCAGCUGGGUCACAAACAGGGUCAAAACUGUAUCAGUGAUCCAGCCAUCAACAUUGAUCCACUGCUCAAGUCACAUGGGGCCAGAACCAGUCAGUCAGCCCAGGCUGUUUUGGAUUUGAAGCACCUUAUAAAGCCUAUAUGUGGGUACAAAUGGGAAAGGAUUCUAUCUUUUUUUAAAAAAAACUUUCUAUGUGUCAGCUGAAUUCUUGUUUCGAAGACUGUGCAGAAAAGAGACAAUGAAUUAUGGAGCAACAUCCUCAGAGGAUAACUUUGCUUCUGUGAC